CGACAGCAGGUCCGCGACACACCUAAAAUGGAGACAUGUUGUAUUUUUCAGGCCUGAGUGCCUCGCCUAUAACACGUUUGUUCAGUGCUUAAUCUCUCUUGUUCCAUACAUCUCGGACGGGACACUUCCCAACGCAUCACGGGGCAACGUUGUCAAGGAAUGCUAGCGAUGCCAUCGUUGCCGGAUAUUUGACGCGCAGGUACACCGACCGAUCUGGCAUUUACGGAAUGUUUGAGCGCAGGUAUAAACUCGAUUUCAUCUUAUCUUGCUGCAUUUCGUUCAAAACAUGUUCCCUUUCCUUCUUCUCUCAUCCACCUUGGUCAUCCUGUGUCCACGAGACCGUCCCGCCUAGUGCGGCUUCUUCCACCCAUAAAUCAUCCUCCCAAAUUCUCUCCCGCACGUUCGCCUCUCCGGCCCUUCCCUGCUGCCCCUUAUAUCCGGCCUUUCUGAAUCACAGUUGACCCUUCCCCUCUCCCCCCAUUCUAUGGAUCCAGGCCGGCCUCGUCAUGAGCAUUCUGCGCACCAUAGUCCUCGCGAUUCACCAUAUGGUACUGCUCUGCCUCCUAACGUCGACGAACGAAAUGUCGCGUCCUCCACUUCCCCUCGCGUCAUGACCUUGCCUUCCAUACAUCAUUUGCACCCAAACCUCCCGCCUGCGAGCGCGCCACUGCAGCAGAUAAGCUCAGGAUAUGCUUCCCAACCUCUUCCAACCUAUCUUGCGAGUGCAGCUUCACCAGGAAAUUCUCCGAGCACUCGCAAGGCACCUUAUGAUUCAGAUCCGGAGGAGCCACCAAAGAAGAAACGUCGCAGACAGGCGUUAAGCUGUACAGAGUGCAAGAGACGUAAGAUAAAAUGUGACAGAGCGCAGCCUUGCGGACCAUGUGCUCGCCGUGGUGAGCAGCACAAGUGUCAAUGGCACAUCAUCGAGCCCAUGGAGAAAUAUGUAACCCGAGCGGAGUUCGAUGAGCUUAAGUCCAGAGUGGACGAACUUGAAUCGAUCCUUACUCAAGUAGCUCCCCAUCUUAUACCCUCUCAUCCAUCCCAAGUGCCCGGACCGUCAUCCACGAUGCCCUUAACCCCUGGACCGCCAGUCGACCCCAUACAAGGCACUGCAAUUACGCCUUACCAUCAAGCACCUAUAACGACAGGUCCCGGAAUUUAUCACAAUAUAAUACCGUCAUUGAGAUCAUCCACCCGUGGAGAUCCGCCACCCUCUCCUCACGGACGUCUCACAGGACCUUCGCGUAGCCCGUUAGCGUCAUAUCGACAAACACCCCUGCCGCCGGGGCCGCCGCCACCUCGCCCGAUGCCACCUUCGCAGCCGCAAAUACCACCGCCUUUGCGUUCUUCGUCGAUAUCACCUGCGGUUUCGUCCAGUUCCCGUUUGCCCCCUACGUCGUCGACAAGCAGGACAUCUGUAGCGGCCUCGAGACGCGCAUCGCUUUCGGUGCCCAACUUAAUUACCCCCAACCCUCCUGAUAUGGCCUCUCAGAACCGACAGUCAAAAAAUCUGAGAGCGCAGGCGCCACCACCGCUGGGCCAGCGUCUGCGCCCAAUACCAGUUCAUUCAGGCUCAGCCCCCCACAUGUUUUACCCUCUACUUCCUCCCAUUCUCAAGCCAAUCGCCGUCGUUCCAUAGCAUAUGGAAGUGGAGAAGUAUCGCCACCAGGUUCCGGUUAUGUCUCAUAUCAAUCUGAAUACGUACGACUGAAUCCUCCGGCACCGUCGUCUUCGUCUUCAGGUUCAUUACCUGCAGGCAUACACGCUCGUCGAUCUACCAUAAGCGGUCCUUAUUUGCAACAUCCUUCUGGGGAAACCGAAGAUCAGGGCGGUUCAGCCCCACGUCGUAGUUGAUGAUCGCACCAUCAUGGUUUGACUGACACUCCUUGUGAGGAGUCGGCCGUAAGGAGUUUGGCUCCUCACCGUUGACUUGAUUGCAUCUUUCGUUUUUAUAGUAGCAAUACAGUAGUAUGUAUUACUCAAUCGUGCUCUAGUGUUAUAUUAUACCCUCUGUGCAUUAAGGCUCCCGCUCACUUUUCUAGUCUUCUCAUACAUUUGAAUGAAGGUGGGACUGUAUUGCUGGUUUUCUUGAUACCCUAAAAUACACUUGACACUUCGUCUCAUGGCAGCAUACCUCAAUCAUACUCUACUUCAUGGAUGACUGUCUAGAUAUUUCUCUAACCACAGUUUGAUUACAAAAUAAGGCAUAAAAUCUAACAAUCUAUUCCA